AAUUAAUAAUAAUUAAUACAACUUCUAAAAUAUUUCCCAUUCUAUCAUGAAUUUAUUAUUGUUCAUAGUUUUACUUAACGUAUCAUUAAUUAAAGCCAAUAUUUAUUAUGAUUUAAGUAACGAAGACUAUAGUGAUGUACAAAAUUCACGUAAUUUUACGGGAAAAGUAGUGUUGACUACCGGUUCCAGUUCUGGCAUAGGGGAGGGUAUUGUCAAACUAUUCUCUGUAUUGGGUGCCAGUGUUGUGGUCACCGGUAGGAAUGCCACUGAAAUUACAAGAGUUGCCGAAGAAUGUCAAGAAUUGUCACCAAAUAAACUAAAGCCAUUGGAAGUGGUGGCGGAUGUGACCAAAAGUGAUGACUUGAAUAGACUAUUGAGUGAAACCAUCAAAACAUUUGGCAAAUUGGAUGUAUUGGUGAACAACGCCGGUAUCGGACCGACAGCUGGUGUCAGAGAUAAGGCUUUUAUGAAAGUCUUCGAUCAGACCAUUCAAGUGAAUCUCAGGGCUUAUGUGGAGUUAUGCUAUCUGUCUGUCCCUUAUUUGGAUGAAACCAACGGCACUAUCAUUAGUAUAUCGAGUAUCGCGUCAACACAUCCCUACAUCGCAAACAUGGCGUACGAAGUGUCCAAAACGGGUGUAGAUAUGAUGACUAAGGCAUUGGCACUGGAAUUGGGGCCAAGGAUUAGAAUCAAUACUAUUAAUCCAGGAAUGGUUGAGACGAACAUAACGGGAUCGUUGCCUCCGGUUAUUGUCGACGCUCUCCGUAAGGAACUCAUCGCCAGAACACCGCUCAAGAGGAUCGGUCAGCCCCUGGAUGUGGCCAAAGGUGUCGUGUUUUUGGCCUCAAGUGACGCUCAAUUCAUAACAGCCGCCAAUCUAUUCAUAGACGGAGGUCUAGUCUAUAAUACACCAGGGUACUAGUUGGCAUACAAGUUAAAUCUGAUGC